GGCCACAUUUCUACUAAGGCAAAGAAUGCGAAGGUUGAAUUUAAAAGACUUAAUAAGCUACUGCUUGCCUCACCUGAUGAUGCCGAGCUCAUGGAGCAAGUGUGUGAGGCGAGAAAGAAGGCCACCUUUCUAGGAGAGGCCGAAUGUAGCUUCUUCCAACAGCGUGCAAAGGCUACGCAUAUUCUUGAAUCCGAUAAGGGCACAAGAUAUUUUCAUGCUAUUGUCAACAGGAACAGGGCCAAGAACACUAUCACCUCUGUUAUGUUGGAAAAUGGCAGCCUUACUACGUGUAUUGACCAUGUUGGAAACGAAUUUGUUAAAUACUUUGUUGAUUUAUUUGGAACCGAGAUGGAAACCAUUUCCCUUGACCAAUCGGUACUUGGAACCGACCCCUUGAUUGAACAAGAUGUUCAUGAUAGCCUAUUAUCUCCGAUAACGGACAAAGAAAUUAAAGAUGUUUUGUUUGAUAUUGGGGAUGAUAAGGCACCGGGGCCGGACGGUUAUUCCUCGGCCUUUUUCAAGAAAAAUUGGAAUAUUGUGGGGGGGGGGAUGUGACCAGUGCGACCAAGGAGUUUUUUAACUCGGGGAAGUUGCUUAAACAGUUAAACCAUACUGUGAUAGCAUUAAUUCCCAAGUCUAGUCACUCCCCUAGGGUCUCAGACUAUAGACCCAUUUCUUGCAUGAAUGUGUUGUACAAAAUUAUUACGAAGAUACUAGCGGCGAGAAUUGUCCCUACCCUACCGGGUUUGAUUAAUGAAGCACAAGGUGCUUUUGUCGAUGGCCGCCUAAUGUUUGAUAACAUUUUCCUAGCCCAGGAACUUGUUAGAGGAUACAAUAGGAAGCGAAUAUCACCAAGGUGUAUGAUCAUGGUGGAUUUGCGAAAGGCCUAUGACACCAUAUCAUGGGAUUUUCUCCGUAAUGUCCUAUUGGGACUGGGUUUCCCGGCCACAUUUGUAGGCUGGAUUAUGGAAUGUGUGUCAACUGCAUCAUUUUCGGUCUCUUUAAAUGGCUCUUUGUAUGGUUUUUUUAAAGGCAAGCGUGGCAUACGGCAAGGGGAUCCAAUGUCCCCUUUGCUUUUUGUCUUAUGCCUCGAAUAUUUCUCUCGCCUCCUCACAAUGAGGACUAAGCAGGGGAGUUUCAAUUUCCACCCACAAUGUUCGUCUCUUGGUAUUACGCAUUUAGCCUAUGCAGAUGACCUAAUGCUCUUCUCGAGAGGUGACACAUUUUCCAUAAGAAUACUGGUUGAUGCUCUCAAGGAGUUUGGGGAUGUAUCCGGGCUUAGGGUAAACCAUGACAAAUCCAACAUCUUUGUUGGAGGGGUGAGGGA